AUGUCGGAUACCCAGCAGUUCUUAGAGCCUCUACCGUUAAACUACAGCUUGGCAAAACGGAAAUUCCGCAUCCUGGUCUUUUGGCUGCUGGUGUUUUUGGACUCGGUUGUCUUUCCCAUCGGGCUCUACUACCUCCUGACCAGAUGUACAACAUGGUCCACCACGACUAUCUUCAGUAUAAUAACCAUGACCUUGUUCGGAACAUUUGUUACGGAGUCAUUACAGAGAUCGUGGAGUCUAUGGCGGAAGAAUUCUAGCUGUCGCGUUCCCAAUGCAGGCCGCUACUAUUUUGAUUUCACCCACUGGAACGUCCUCGUCUCCUGGGUCAUCAUCAUCGCCGAACUUGUCGUCGGAACUAUACCCGAUCCACCCUGGAUGCGCAUGCUCGCCAUGCCGGUGCCUUCGCUCUUCUUCAUUUUUGCUAUCGAGGUGCUGAUUUUCGAAGCCCUGUAUAUCUUCAAGAGGCCUACCUUAUUCCGCAUCUCCUCUGUUCCGAAAGGCGACCUAACGCGUCCCGCUCUCUAUCCGUUUCUAGAAGAUAUUGUCGCGGUGGACGGCAAAGGAGGAACCGGGUUCCGGGCCCGUCUGGAUCAGCGGUACAAGGCCAGCCCUCCCUUUCGCGGCAUGCUACACCGAUUGACUAUGCUAUGGGUGAUUCCUCAAAUGCUGGUGGCGGGGGGGACAUUGGCGGGGAUUGUGAUUACUGAUCAUGAGCUGGCUUACACGCUUGGCUGGACAGUACCUGCUAUUUGGGCAGGGAUCUGGGCCGUGGUGAUGGUGAUCUGGAUUCGGGUGGAGUUGAGGCGAGAGAAGCAUUACUGGAGAGGAGUGCGAUUGACCCAGCAGCUGCAGAGAGAGGUGGAGGGCAUUUCGGAGACUGUUGAUAGGACCGAGGAAGAAGCAAGCAACCUAAUGCGCUUCGGAGGACAGUGA